GGUUCCGGUAGCUUGAUGCUAACAAGUGGGAAGAUGUCGGUUUCUCUCGGGAUAUUGAAAAGCUGUGUCGGGGCUCUCUGUCCGGCCGGUUUCCCAUCGCUGCUGCAGAGGAAUCCGCCGCUGCGGUGUGCGGCCGGCGGGCGGUGGAAGUCAAACACACGGACAGGAGAAACCCAUCGGCCACUAGAGGGCGUCACAGUCCUGGACCUGACGAGAGUUCUGGCCGGUCCAUUUGCCACCAUGAUCCUGGGAGACCUGGGAGCCCAGGUGAUCAAAGUGGAGAGGCCAGGUGCAGGUGAUGACACCAGAGCCUGGGGUCCUCCGUUUGUGUCCUCAGAGAGCGCCUAUUUCCUCAGCGUCAACCGCAACAAGAAGAGUAUCGCCGUGGACCUGAAACAUCCCAGAGGAGCGCAGAUCAUCCGGGAGCUCACAGGAGUGUGCGACGUGCUGCUAGAAAACUACGUGCCGGGGAAACUCCAUCAGAUGGGUUUAGGAUACGAGCAGCUGAGCGCAGUGAACCCACGGCUCAUCUACUGCUCCAUCACAGGUUACGGUCAGACUGGUCCUCACGCUCAGAGUCCUGGGUACGACUCCAUCGCCUCGGCGGUGUCUGGGAUGAUGCACAUCACGGGGUCAGAGGACGGCGACCCGGUGCGUCCAGGAGUUGCCAUGACAGACUUGGCAACGGGGCUGUACGCGCACGGGGCCGUCAUGGCCGCCCUGCUGCAACGGGUGAAAACUGGGAGAGGCGUUCACAUCGACUGCAACCUGCUGUCAUCACAGGUUUCCUGUCUCAGCCAUAUUGCUGCUAACUAUCUGAAUGCAGGGAAGGAGGCGAGGCGCUGGGGGACGGCCCAUGAGAGCAUCGUACCUUAUCAGGGCUUCAAGACCAAAGACGGCCACAUCAUUGUGGCUGCAGGCAACGACAAGCAGUUUGUGCGAGUCUGCCAGGUCCUGGAGCUGAUAGAGCUCACAGAGGAGCCGAAGUACAAAACCAACAAGCUGAGAGUCCAGAACCGCAAACAGCUGCUGCACACACUGUCGCAGAGGUUCUUGCAGGAGACCACGGCUGAUUGGCUGAAGAGGUUCGAGGGCUCAGGAGUUCCAGUUGGGCCAAUCAACAGCAUUCAGGAAGUGUUCGCUGAGCCGCAGGUGAAACACAAUGGCCUCAUACAGGAGAUGAACCAUCCAACAGCAGGUCGCAUCGCUGUAGUCGGUCCGGCGGUUCGGUUCAGCAGCUUCUCUCCAAGCGGGCCCACGCCCCCUCCUCUGAUUGGCCAGCACACCGUGGAAGUGCUGCGGGAUGUCUUAUCCUACAGUGACGACAUCAUCAAAAACCUGCUGGAGUCGAAGGCGGUGGCCCAGAACGAAGUGCCCUGAUUAGCUGAAAGAGGAAAAAAUUAACAACAGGAACAAAAAAAACAAACUGAUUAAAUUCAAUCAGUCAAUCAAACCUCAGUGACAAUGAACUGAUCAUUAGUUUGAUUUCAGAGGACAGACGACUGCUGUUGCUCAGUCGCAAAGAUCAAAUUCCAAUUUUUAAGCAUUACUUCAAAUGAUUUCUGAAUGUUGGAAACAUCCUGAGUGUGUUUUAUGAAGUUUACUCGGGUGAAGUUUGUUUGAUGGCACUACAGUAGCAGAAGCAUCAUUUUACUACGCACUGCAGGAACCACACACACAUGCUCAGAUCACUGCAAAUACCAAAGAACCAGAUCAGACCUCAUUGCUCUCUUUCAGUCCUUUAAAGUGUUGCUCAGAUCUUUAUUCAGAACUGUUUACAAACGUGAUGUGAUUUUAAAUAAAACUUUUAAAUCAUUUUAA